CCCUCAGAAUCUGCCCUCACAUCAAGGACAUGAGAUUGAAUCAUUGAAACUGUGACCUGUAGAUGGAGCUAUCUAUCUGCUUUAUCGCGGACGCCAUUAAACAAAAGGCUCCUGAGUGGGUAGAGGAGACCGUGUAGUAGAGCAGGGCAGGCCGUAGCUUGAGGGGUGGGGGAACAUUAUCGGGUUAGAGAUCAAGAAGGGACGAGGCCAAAGGGACAGUAGAGGCCCUGGUUGACAGCACACAGAGCGGCUAGAAGAUCAUCUGGGUGUGUGGAUCACAUAUCCGGGCCUAGAGCAGUGGAGUCGGCUGAGGAGAACAGAAAAGCCUUCCUAAAGUGCGCUGGAUAAAGCGCAGAGAGGGAGAGCCGGGCCUUGGAUCCAGACCCUGUGCGUAGCGCCAUACACACCGGGGCCAGGGUGGGACAUGAUGUUUCCUCAAAGCAGCAGCCGACACUCGGGCUCGUCGCAUUUGCCCCAGCAACUCAAAUUUACAACCUCAGAUUCAUGUGAUAGAAUUAAGGAUGAAUUCCAACUGCUUCAGGCACAGUAUCACAGAAUUGGUGCAACAUGCAAUGCUGUAAAGCUUGAACAAGGAUAUGUAUUUCCUAUAAUAUCUUUCAGUCUAAAACUGGAGUGUGAUAAGUUGGCCAGCGAGAAAUCGGAGAUGCAACGGCACUAUGUCAUGUAUUAUGAGAUGUCAUAUGGACUGAAUAUUGAAAUGCACAAGCAGGCCGAAAUAGUGAAGCGGUUAAAUGGAAUAUGUGCACAGGUGUUGCCUUAUCUCUCACAGGAGCACCAGCAACAAGUCCUGGGAGCAAUUGAAAGAGCAAAGCAAGUGACUGCUCCGGAGCUAAACUCCAUCAUCCGUCAGCAGCUUCAGGUGCAUCAACUCUCCCAGCUUCAGGCUUUGGCCCUCCCGCUCACUCCUUUGCCAGUGGGAUUGCAAGCUCCAUCUCUGCCCAUCAGUGCAAGCAGCGGCCUUCUCUCCCUAUCAGCACUAGGCUCUCAGGGCCAUCUUCCCAAGGAAGACAAGAAUGGCCAUGACGGGGACCCGCGGCCUGAUGACGAUGGUGACAAGUCUGAUUAAGCAAAGAGUCGGGGCGGAUAAAGGUGCAGCGUAGCAGUGACCUUAGCACUGAAUAAGAGAGGGGCAACAACGUGCAUUAUCCAGACAUGCAAUUGAGGAAACUACGGUUUCAGAAUGCAGGGUACCGUCAGCCAAUGGGUUAAUGCACAUUUGUUUGAUCACACAUGUAAAUGCAUACGUAUUAUAUAUGGAGUAAACUGAAAACCUUAUUGUAAAUUGGUUAUUUGUAACAGAAAAAGCACAAGCCACUCUGAUUUUGAAUAAAUUUCUGCCCUCCAAUAUGAAUGCAUUAGUUUAGUUACCAUACACUUCAUUAAAUUGUAGAAGCUCACCUUGACAAUUGCCAAGCUUCCCAAAAAACCUGCGUAAAUCAUCACUUACUCAGCAGUGAUAGGAUUUGGAAAGAGGGGAUGGUUUAUAUCUCUAAAGUAUUUUUGUUUGCGUUUUCCUUCAAGUCCCCCCCUCCCCCUGGCAGCUAAAAAAUAUAGUGCCCACCGACUCAUUUUAUAGACUGCUUUUAUGGCUGAGAGGCAAGGUCGGUUUAACCCUUUGGCUGCCAGUUAUGCCUAGAACAAACUCUAAACUGCAUUUAAUUUGUAUUGAAAGCUCUUUUUAUUAGAGAAUUCUCUGAAACAUAUCAGCACUGCACUAGAUUUUUUUCAAAAUUUUUUUUUUCAAUUUGACUCUGCAAAUGUCUACCCCUGUGACAUGGAAUGGAUUAUCGGAUGCCAGUCCCUGCACAACUACAUCUUUCAUCCUGCUAUUUUGGGGAGAGGGACUGGGAAGAGUUUAAAUCAUUCACAAACUGAGUUAAUCAUUACCUGCCAGGGAUCCUCUACCAGUGUUAAGGAAGUUGGCAUGCAAAAUGGCCUCUUGCGGCUCCCAUUGACGAAGAAAGGGAGUUGACGGAAAGCAUCAGUUCUGGCUCUUUUCAGUCAAAAAUGUUCAUAUAGAUUUUGUCCACUUUUAGCCGACUGAAAAGCACCAUGUCCGCCAUUAGCUUAAGAGCUCAUGAAAUGACGACAGCCCUCCAUAUAUCUUGAAGGUAGCAUUUACCAGGCAAGGUGUGUGCUCUGUACAUAGUCCUGUAGAGAUGCUCCAUUAAUUUUCCUUUUAAUUUUGUUCUUUUUGUGUCUGAUCUUUUGACCCUGUUGAUACUUUGUGUGGAGGGUGUGACCGUGCCUUUUACAAUAAAUUGUUACAAUGCCUGCUCAGAA